AUGGUCAACUCCUGUUGUGGCUCUGUCUGCUCUGAGGAGGGCUGUGGCCAAGGCUGCUGCCAGCCCAGCUGCUGCCGCCCCAGCUGCUGUGUUUCCAGCUGCUGCAGGCCCCAGUGCUGCCAGUCUGUUUGCUGUCAGCCCACCUGCUGCCGCCCCACCUGCUGCCGCCCCACCUGCUGUGUGUCCAGCUGCUGCAGGCCCCAGUGCUGCCAGUCUGUUUGCUGUCAGCCCACCUGCUGCCGCCCCAGCUGCUGCCGCCCUAGCUGCUGCAUUUCCAGUUGCUGCCAACCCUCUUGCGGUAGCUCCAGCUGCUGUGGUUCCAGCUGCUGCCGCCCCUGCUGCCGACCUUGUUGCCGUCCCUGCUGCCGCCCUUGCUGCUGUCUGAGACCAGUUUGUGGUCAGGUCUGCUGCCAAACCACUUGCUACCGCCCCACCUGUGUCAUCUCCACCUGCCCCCGCCCCAUGUGCUGUGCCACCCCCUGCUGUUGA